CGCCCUUCGGAGUCAGUGCACUUCACUUUGGGACACAGCUCUAGUUUUGUGAGCGGCUUCAACCGAUUCAUUGAAAAGAUCCGACUCAGUAAGGUGAUACAUUCACGAUUCGGACAUUGCUAAUUUAAACUGGAAGCAGCUUGUUCAACGUUGUUCGGCAUUAUCAGUUAUGGAGGGCACCGGUCCUGAUAGUGAUUGGAGGAGCAUAGCCUUUCGACAGAAAGUAGUGGCCCAAAUAGAUGAAGCCAUGAGAAAAGCAGGAACUGCUCACACAAAGUCCAGUACUGACAUGGAAAACCAUGUUUUUAUCAAGGCAAAGACCAGAGAGGAGUAUUUGUCUUUAGUUGCGAGACUGAUAAUUCAUUUUAGAGACAUCCAUAAAAAGUCACAAGACCCCAUGAAUGCCCUGCAAAUUAUACCAGGAGUGGGUGGAGGUGGUCCUGGAGUUAUUGGCAUUGGACCACGGCCCCCUGGUGCACAAAUGGGUGGUAUGGGGCAAAUGCAAAUGGGUCAACAUGCCAUGCAGGGAGUAGCGGGAGGCCAGCAGGCUGCAGGGGCUGCCGGGCAGAUGUCGAUGAUGCAGCAGCAGCAGCAGCAGCAACAGCAGCCGUCCAUUCAGUUUCAGCAGUUCCAGUCUCAGCAACAGCCAGCCAUGCCACCUCAGCAGCCAGCAGCUAUGCAGACUGCCAUGCAAUUCCAACAGAUAAGGCAGCACCAUCAGAAUCCACAAAUGCAGCAUCAAAAUCAACAACAGCAGCAGGUGCAGACUCAGCAGCAACAACAGAACCAGUUGCACCAAACAAGAAUGCAGCAGCAGCAGUUAGCACAAAUGCAGCAACUGCAACAACACCACCAACAACAGCAGCAGCAGCAGCAACUGCACCAACAACAGGUCCAUGCUCAGGCUCAGGCUCAAGCCCAGGCUCAGGCUCAAGCCCAGGCUCAGGCUCAAGCCCAGGCCCAAAUGCAGCAACAGCACCUUCAAGCCCAGGCUCAGGUCCAAGCUCAAGGUCAAGCCCAGGUACAGGCUCAGGGAGUGGCAGGUCAGAUGCCCCCUCACUCACAGCAGCAGCAAGUAAUGGUGCCCCAGUCAUUAGCACAAAUGGUUCCUGGACAGCAUCAACCCAUCAGCUCACUCAGCCAACAACAGCAGCAACAUCUGAAACUCCAGCAGGUAAUGCAGCAGGCGAGAGUAUUGCAGCAGCAGCAGCAACAGCAGCAACAACAACAACAACAACAACAACAAAAGCAGCAGCAGCAGCAGCAGCAGGUUCAACAGGGCCAGCUCAGCGCAGUCCCUGGCCAGAUGAUGCCCCGUCCUGGGAUGCAAAUUCCACCCCGGUUGCCCCGCGCCACCCCAAACUCUGCCAUUCCUCAAAACCCCGUUGCCAUUGGAGGACAGCAAAUGCCACAGGGUCAGCAAAUGAUGUCAUCACCCUCCCCAGUUCAGGUGCAGACGCCCCAGCCGAUGCCACCUCCCCCCCAGCCUCAACCGUCCCCCCAGCCUCCUUCCUCUCAGCCCAACUCUGUCGGCUCUGGUCCGACCCCUUCUCCGGGAGGUUUCCAACCCAGUCCCUCUCCUCAGCCAUCCCAUAGUCCUGCAUCUUCACGCACCCCCCAGAGUUACCCCCUGCAGGUACCUUCCCCUGGACCCCUCAACACACCAGGCAAUCCAAGCUCUGUGAUGAGCCCAGCAGGGGCCUCACAAUCUGAGGACCAGCUUUACAUGGACAAACUGAAGCAGCUGUCAAAAUAUAUUGAGCCACUACGCAGGAUGAUUAACAAAAUAGACAAAAAUGAAGAUAGGAAGAAGGAUUUGAGCAAAAUGAAAAGUUUGCUGAAUAUUUUGACUGACCCCAACACAAGAUGUCCACUUAAAACACUACAGAAGUGUGAAAUCGCAUUGGAGAAACUAAAGAAUGACAUGGCAGUACCGACUCCUCCCCCUCCUCCAGUGCCCUGUACCAAAAAGCAAUACCUAUGCCAGCCGCUGCUGGAUGCUGUCUUGGCCAACAUCCGCUCCCCAGUUUUCAACCAUUCACUUUACCGCACGUUUGCUCCUGCUAUGACGGCAAUUCAUGGACCCCCAAUCACGGGCCCCUCAAUUCCUUACCGUAAACGGAAGCUGGAAGAGGACGAGCGCCAGACCAUCCCUAACAUACUUCAAGGGGAGGUAGCUCGGCUUAAUUCCAAAUUCUUGGUCAAUCUGGACCAGUCCUUUUGCAGUAACAAUGGAACGGUGCAUCUCAUAUGUAAACUAGAUGAUAAAAAUCUUCCCAGUGUUCCCCCUCUUCAGCUGAGCAUUCCAGCAGACUACCCCGAUCAGAGCCCCCACUGGGAAGAUGACUGUCAGCAGUAUGAGGCCAACCCCUUUUUGCAGACUGUGCAUAAGAACAUGACCUCUAAACUCCUUCAGCUUCCUGACAAGCACUCGGUGACAGCGCUGCUGAACACCUGGGCUCAAAGCGUGAGGCAGGCUUGCCUUUCAGCUGCUUAGAAAUGUAUUCCCAUCAGCACUAGCAGCCCAGUAUACUCCUUGCACCUCUAUGGAAUGAUGGCAAUAUAUUAAUACUUACUUUCUUUAUUUACAUGAAUUAUAAUCUAUUUUGUUUAGUCUAGUACACUAAGGCCUUAACUGUUUGUGCAUUGCUCCAUUAAUAAAGACAUAAAAAC